AGGAAGUCACUCUGGAAACGCCGGAAGACAUACCGGGGAACAGGCAAGCUUGGUGAAAGCUAAGUUGAAGUAUUCUGAAGUUGGACUAUGGCGCUUGGAGACUGUUGGAAGCAGCUGACCUGGUUUUACUACCAGUACCUCUUAGUGACAGCGCUGUACAUGCUGGAACCCUGGGAGAGAACGGUGUUCAACUCUCUGCUGAUCUCCGUGGCUGCCAUGGCCAUCUACACUGGCUACGUCUUCAUGCCGCAGCACAUCAUGGCCAUCCUCCACUACUUUGAGGUUGUCCAGUGAGCCGUCUCCUCUGGCGUUCCACUAAUCCAGCCUGUCAUCCAUCCGCCUACCACAUCCUCCAACAGCCCUCUGUUUUUCUCUGCUUGGAUACACGUCUUUGGUUGAAGUCGUACUGUUGCAGAACUUCUCUCCUCAUGGAAUCCAGAUCAAAAGUGGAACCUGGGGUCACUGUGCUGGAGGCCAUGUAAGACUACAUCCAACCGCUGUGAGAGCGGACAUUGUAAGCAGUGUUUUACUUGGAGGAGAAGUGCUUCGUUUCAGCUGAUGUUUGUUUUUUCACUUUGACUCAAGUGCACUUUACUGUUGGAGUGAUGUGUCUUUUGUUGGACUGUACUUUGUUUAGUUGUUUAACUGACUGAGCAGGAUGAGAUCUUUAGAUCUGGAGCUUUCCACCUCCUGUGAUGAAGCUCAGCAACCUGAUCUGGACAAUUAAAUCAUAUGCAGCAUAAAGCCUCUCCAGAGAGCCUGUUAGCUCUGUUACAGCUAGUUAACAGCAAGCAGUUUUAGCACCAUAACACAUGAUACUGUAGUUAUCUUUGUGGCACACAAUCCUUAAUAUAGAUUUUUUUAUUAUUUUAUCUUCUAACUUUCCUUUCAGACUCAUUAUUUUUAGUUAUAUUUUACCUUUUUUAUCUGAUUUUUUAAUUUUAUUUUUUUUGGAACUAAUAAAGUAGAUGGUUGCGAUACUCUGCAUCCCAAAAUUAUAGUUCACUUAUUGAGCAUAAAGAAACAAUCAGCAAAAGUUUUAACAUUUUUCUAACCAUUAUGACUUUUUUGAUUCUUAACUUCAAAUCUAUAAACGGACAAUAAAUAUAUGUAAAAUUAAUUCCACUAAUCACAACUUUGAUAAAUUCUAGCUCUUGAGUCAAGCUCUUCCUAGAUGAGUUAUAAACUGUAAAAAGCAGACAAAUUUCUUUACAGGCAAUAGAUCUAGAAAAUGUGUUGCAAUGAAAUGAUUGUGAAAAUCUGAUUGUAAAGAACAAAAACAUCUCUAAUUUUCCUGUAACUCAAGAUAUGCUUUUUAAUAGAUACUUUCUAUUUAUGUUUGUAAUGUAAAAAAAAAAAGUUAACCCUCCCGUGGUCCAUUGAACCCCUCAAGCUUUGGACCCUGUACCCAGUCCGGUGGGAUUGCAGUGACCAUGUGUGCGCUUCCCCGUUGUCUGUCCUGGCAAGACCGCAGGAGGGUUAAACAAUUCAAGGUUUAGGUUGUUUUUCAGUUUUCCUUUAUUGUUCAUUCCAGAGAUUUAACUGUGGUUUUUAAUCUCUGAAAUGCUUCAACCAAUCCUCAGGCACAUUGUGAGCAGCAGUUAUCUCCAUCCCCAUUUUAAUUGACCAAAAUUUGAUCCAAUUUCUGGAAAUUGGUCUAAAUUUUCACAAGGUUUGUGAGAAUUUGGGGUCUAUUCUCAAUCCAGUGCAGCUCCUUAUAUACAAGCUCAGUGGACCAUAACAAUCUGUUCCUCCAGCACUUGAUCAAUACAUGCAGGAAGGAUUUACUGGACUGUCGAAAGGAAGGUUUAGUGGGAAAGAAAAUCAGUCAAAAUAAGGCCUAAUCUAAUUAGGACAAAGCUAAUUUGUCCUUAUAACAAAAUAUUGGAUAUCCUUUUUAUAUUUUGGUUGCAUUUAUUAGCAACAUAAACUCUCACUGCCACAGCUAACACUUUCUCCUGCUAAAAUAUGUACUUUUCUUGAAUGUAUAUAUCUUGUAUACAUAUUUGUAAAGUUUUGCAGUCAGAUAAUUUGACUUAACGAGAUGUUUUGGUGAAGUAAUACAAUUCUAUAUAUCUGAAAUGAUUAAACCUGUACUUGUUUUACCUUC